CGUUGUCUAUUCUUAAGUCGCUUACAACAUUAGAAGUAUGUGAAGAGUCACUUACAGAUUCAGAACUAUUGAACAUAACACUUUCUAUUCUUGAAUUGUUUAAAGGAUUAGAAAAAAGUCCUUUAAAGAUUAGUGCGGAUAAUGAUGCUAUACGUCAAGAGACAGAUAACCAUGAAAAAUCACCUGAAUUACCUCAAUCACCUGCAGAUUCUGACAUUACAUUGUCUAUUCUUAAGUCGCUUACAACAUUAGAAGAAUGUGGAGAGUCACUUACAGAUUCAGAAAAAUCGAACAUAACGCUUUCUAUUCUUGAAUUUCUUAAAGAAUUAGAAACUUUUGAUCAAUAA